CUCUCUGUUUGUCUUCUUUUUUGCCUGGUCUUUGUUUGGAAGAGGGAGAGAGUGAGUCGUGCAUCUUGCACAGAGUCAGAAGUUCCCGGACUCUGGUCAGCAUUUAUUGCCCAUCCCCAGUUACCCAGAGGGCAAUUAAGAGUCAAUCGCAUCGUGUAUGUCUGGAGUCACACAGAAGCCAGACCAGCACUGUAAGGAGUUGGUUUUCGAAGAGUUUGGACCUAGGCCAGUUAUUGACCCAGUUUUACGUGCCGUUGUGCUGAAGGCCUCACUCUUCCAAGAUGAGUUGGUCCUUCCUGACGAGGCUCCUUGAGGAGAUCCAGAACCACUCCACGUUUGUUGGCAAAGUCUGGCUGAUGGUCCUCAUUGUUUUCCGCAUUGUUUUGUUGGCAGUUGGUGGUGAACCUAUCUACCAUGAUGAACAAAGCAAGUUCACAUGUAACACUCAGCAACCUGGUUGUGAGAAUGUUUGCUACAAUUCCUUUGCACCCCUUUCCCACGUCCGGUUCUGGGUCUUCCAGAUCAUUAUGAUCUCAGUGCCAUCCAUCAUGUACCUUGGCUAUGCCAUACACCGGAUAGCCAGGAUGGAGGGUGCCCAACAGCCAAAACCCAAGCGAAAGAUGCCCAUUGUGCAUCGGGGAGCUGCUCGGGAUUACGAGGAGGCAGAAGGUGAUGAUGAGGAAGACCCCAUGGUCUGCGAGGAGAUUGAGCAUGAACCUGAGACUGAGGCUGACAAGAAAGCUCCUGAGAAGAAGCCUCAUGAUGGCAGGAGGCGUAUCAAGGAAGAUGGGCUCAUGAAGAUGUAUGUUUUCCAGCUCCUGAUGAGAACUCUGUUUGAAAUGGGUUUCCUGGCUGGCCAAUAUUUUCUGUAUGGGUUUGAGGUGCUCCCUGGCUUUGUGUGCAGUACGAUUCCUUGUCCGUACACCGUUGACUGUUUUGUGUCACGUCCCACAGAGAAAACCAUCUUCCUGUUGGUCAUGUAUGUGGUCAGUGGUCUCUGCUUAGUGCUCAACUUUGCUGAGCUCUUCCACCUUGGCCUUGGCGGCAUCAGGGAUGGCUUGAGGGGCAGGCGGCUGGCCUCCCGCUCCCCCCGCCCCUCCAAGGGCACCCCCUAUGCCCCUCCGGGCUACCACUCUGUGCUUCGCAAGGACAAGACCAAGCUGGGCAACGGGAACGUGCCAUACCGGGACAACCUUGGUGGACUGGGGCCGGGGAGCUUUGAAAUGUCUGAGGCGGUUCACCGACACCUAAAGCUCGCUCAGGAACAACUGAACAUGGCGUACCGGGCAUCAGGAGAGCUCCCUCACCAACCGAGGAGUGGCAGCCCUGAGUCAAACGGCACAGCUGUCGAGCAGAACCGACUGAACUUUGCUCAGGAGAGGGAGGGUGCCUGUGCUGACAAAGCAGGUCUGCGUGGGUGAUGCUGAUGGGAUGGGCUCUUCGACCUUGAGAUUCAGAGAGAGUCGAUGCUUGAAGCAACAAAGGGACCUCGACUGGAAAGACUCACAUUUCAUUCUCACUCUUUCGGCUUUAACAUCACCAACUUGCAAAAGCAAAACUACUGGAAAGAGCCGGAUUGGGAGGGGACACUGGAUUUGGGGUUGGGUGGGAGGGCAGGGCAAGAGGGGUUAGGGUGAAGUUUAGACAAACUUGACAGGUGUUGUGAAUUUUAAAACUAGCCAAUUGGCUUAUAUACCUGGGUGCUGUUUUGUUUGGUAUUCCAGAACAUUCCAAAUCCAACCUAAUAGAGUCCAGUAAUUGUUGGACUGACUGUAGGGUCUAAGACAUAUCUUGAAGCAUUUGAGGCACUGAGAGCCAGGUUUCAUAUUCGAAAGGAAGACCCCUCAUCUAGAGAUUGGAGAAGGGAGCUGAGGGGGUGACCCUUUCCUUAAGUAACACAAUCAGGUACAAUCCAACAGAACUGGCUCAGUCAGAUAGCACAUAUAGUUUUUUUUUCAUUUUCAUUAUUAAAUUCAUCAUUAAUUAUGUUUCUCUGGUCUUCAGUUAGUUUAAUUCUUCAUGAAAUUGUCACUUUUUUUGUUGUUGGGUUUAGGUAAUUUUUGUUUUGAAAAUGAAUCUGUGUAGUGAUAGGACAAUUAUUUUGUUUACAGUCUCAGAACAUUCCAGAAUCAUGUAACUUUGAGUGAGAGCAACCAUGAACUGAGUUACUUUUGUUGAUGAUUUUAUUUCUUCUUUUUUGGUACUUUUGAUAAAAUGUUUUGCUUCGUUUGAGACUAUUUCACUGGUUUGGGCCUAUUGGACAUUCCUCAGCCUUGAAUUAUCUCCAGGUUGCCUAGUUACCAGGUGGUUCCACUAAUUUCUUGGGGAAUGUGUGUGAGCUUUUACUUUCUUCCCCCUCGCAACUUAAUUCUUCCUGAGGCUAUUAUUCUUCCUUUUUUUUUCUAAACACAAAUCUUUAGCCACUGAGUAGCUCUGGAAUUCUAGGGGAACAUUCAGUCUUACAAACCUAUUCUACCAUUUAUCUAGAUGGCUGUAUCUUAAAUCCACUUUGGUUCCCUUUCACAGCAGAAAUCAAACAAUUUUCCCACUGAAGCAUGUGAAAUUGGAGCAGGUGAAGGCCAUGUGAUCUUUUGAGCCUGUUUUUUCUUAUUCAUUGGAUGUGAAUGGUGCUGGUCAGCAUUUAUUGUCCCAGAGGGUAGUUAAGAGUCAACCAAAUUACUGUAGGUCUGGAGUCACAUGUAGGCUGGACAAGAUAUUCCCUAAAGGGCAUCAGUGAACCAGUUGGGUUUUUCAUGAAUAUCAACAACAUUUCAUGGUCAUCAUUAGAGCUCAAUUCCACAUUUUUAUUGAAUUCCAAUUCCACCAUCCAUCAUGGCAAGAUUAAAUCCAGUCCCCAGAACAUUGCCUGGGUCUUUGGAAAAUAUGCGUCUAGUGAAAAUACCACCUGAAAUGCCAUUCACUGUGAUUAUUGCUGAACUGAUUUUUGGCUGUAAUUCCACAUUCCUGCUGAACCCUAAUAGCCUUUGGUUCCCUUGAUACUCAGGAAUUUUCUAUCUCAGCCUUAAAGAUGUUCAAUAAUUUCAUCAACACAAAAUCUCAAGAAGAGAGUUCCACAGACUCAGGACCCUCUGGGAGAAAAGAAAAUGUUGUGAUUUCUGAUUGAGUUGUUAAUCCCUUAUUUUUAAAUUGUUCGUUCGUUCUGUCCUGUGUCUCAUUGGAAGGAAAACAUUCCUCAGAAUGUUUUAUGUCUAAAUCAGACCAACCUCUCACUCUUAUAAACUCCAGUGGAUAAAGGCCCAACCUGUUCAACCUUUACUCAGAAGAUCAGCCUCAUGUCCCAGAAAUGCAUUCAUAAUAUAAUGUGUCCUUUCUUAAAUAAAGAGACCUAUUAUACAAUACUCAAAUAUUGUAUAUGUGUACUCACCAUGGCCUUGUGCAGCUAUGGUAAAACUUUCUAUGUUUACUGUAACAGGAUUGGAAUAUAACUGCUAGCAUUCCAUUAUCUUCCUGAUCACCUGCUAUGCCGUGUACUAAUUAUUUGUGAUUCAGGGUACAAGGAAACCGGAGUCCCUGUGCACCUCAGGGUUCUGCAGUCCCUUUCCAUUCACACAAUCUGCUGCUUUCCAAUACUUCAUGCCAAAGUGGACCAGUUUAUAUUCUGCCACAUUAUACUCUGAUCUGCCAUUCUUUUCCGAUUCACUUAACUUUCUUUUAUCUUUUUGUAGACUCUUCCUGUCCUCUUCACAACUUGCGUUCUAACCUACUUUUAUGCCAUUAGCAAAUUUAACAGUCAUACAUUCAUCCCCUCCAUGUUCCACAAGAUGUUUGACAAGAUCUCAGGCACAUCCUGAUCGCAGUGGAAUUCUAGCUGGGAGUCAGGUUUCAGCUGAUGCUGUGAGGGAGUGAGCAGUGUUGUGUCCCUCUCCGUGUUUUGAGCUCACCUUUUCCCACAGACGUUCUCUCUUGUGCAGAAUGGCUGCAAGGACUGGAGUGUCAGAAUCUGGCUGAAUUGGAAGUUUUGUCUUCUCAAGACCCAGCAGCAGCCACACUGUGACUGCCUCCUCUCCUGAGUCUGGUUUAAAUCCUCACCAUAUUGUGGUCCUGCUCCAGUAAACGCCUCAUUUUACUUUGUCCCUCGUUCUGGGAUUCUUCUGAAGAGGGGCAGAGAUAGAAGCAUACAAAUGACAUGCAGGACUAGACCAUUUGGCACUUGAAGCCUAUUCUGCCAUUCAAUAUGAUCAUGGCUGACCAUUCAGCUCUAUACCCUGUUCCCAUUUUCUCCCCAUUGUCUUUCAUCUCUUUAGCCUGAAGAAAUAUAUAUUAACUCUUCUUGAAAAUAUUCAGUGUUUUGUUAGACAAUUCCACAGGCUCACCACCCUUUGAGUGAGAAAAGUUCUCUUCAUUUCAGUCCUACCCUGUGUCCUUGAUUGUGACCCCUGGUUCUGGACCCCACAGUUAUGGGGAACAUCCUCCUUGUGUUCACCCUGUUUUAUCCGGUUAGAAUUUUUAAUGAGAUUCCCCCCUUAUUCUUCUAAACCCCAAUGACUAUCGUCCUAACCAAUCCAAACUGUAUUCAUGCAUCAGUCCUAUCAUCCUAGGAAUCCGUCUGGUAAAAUUUUGUUGUAGUCCCUCCAUAGAUAGAACAUCCUUCCUCACAUACAGAGACCAAAGCUGCACACGAUACUCCACAUGUGGUCUAGACUCUCAGAAUAGUGUAAUGUUUUGCUUCAACACUUUAAACUCCAAAUUCUCUGGGAGGAGGAGGCCAUUCAACCCCUCCAAGUCUAUUAUACUUUCAAAUUAGAUCACGCGAACUGUAAUUCAACUCCAAAUGAAGGAUGCCCAAUUAUGACUUUAGCUUCAAGUUUCAUCAUAAGAACUGCAAAUUCCCACACUUUGUGUAGAUAGUAACCAUCAUUUAAGGCUGACAUAGUUGCAAAAUACAGUGUAGAAACCAAGUGUUCGCUAAUCAAACUGCCAUGCUUCACAUAAUUGAUAUGAAGCAAAUAUCUUGCCAAAUAGAUGAUAUGUCUAUUGUUGAGAUUUUCCACAUUCCCAAUUUCCAUGUUUACUCACAAUGUUUUUUCAUUGUUUCGUGGCAUGUGGAUGUCGCUGGCAAAGCCAGCAUUUAAUGCCUAUCCCUAAUUGCCCAGAGGGCAGUUAAGAAUCAACUACACUGCUGUGGGUCUAGAGUCCCAUAUAGACCAGACCAGGUAAAGAUGGCAGUUUCCUUCCCUAAAAGACAUUAGUGAAGCAGCUAGCUUUUUCCUGACAAUUGACAAUGGUUUUACUGUCGUCAUCAAACUCUUAAUUCUUAAUGACUUCAAUUUCUGCCAUGGUGGGAUUCGAUCCCCAGUCCCCAGAACAUUUCAUUGGUCCCUGGAUUAAUGGUUCUCAAUCUCCAGUAAGAAUCCUUCCCCACCUCCCCCCACCCCAUUUCUCCAAAUUUUCAAACAGUCCUCAAAGAAUUUGAAAGCCUUGCACAGUUUUGAUUGGGAUGUCUGGAUGAUGUUUUUCCCGGUUUUUGCUUGUGGUGACAUUCUGGAGAUUAAUCUUUAAAUUCCUGAAGCUGCCAGGGUUCUUAUUGGUGACUCAAAGGACAUCUCCCUGUCCUUGCCUGCAACAUGCCUCACCUGAAGAAUCUGUCAACAUUGGGAUUGCCAAGACCCGGAGAUAAUUCCCUGUCUCUGAUCAAUGGGUUGAUAGUGGAACUGCAUUUUUUUCUAUCUGAGCUCUAAAUCACUGCCCAGAACUUUCUUCUGUUUAUGAAGCAGGAGAAACUGCUCCAACUAAUGGGACGUGGGCAAGGCACACACUGCCAGCUAUGGGCAGGCAUUGGUUAGUUGAUGGGAUAGUUCUGGCCCUAGUGCCAAUACUUAGCCUAAUUAAUUUUAAUUUUCCCUCUUGCUUUGUAAGGAACACCAAACCAAAGAUAAUCUUGUGUCUUACUCUUUUUUUUUAAUUCUAGAUAAAUAUGUGUAGAUGUUUGCUAUAUUAGUGUUACAUUUUAUAAGGGUUAUUGUAGAGAUUAAAUGGGAUAGGAGAUGUUUGAGAGCCUCUCUGAUUGUGUUUGAUAUUUUUGUUCUGCUUUGUGUUGAAGUCCAAUACAUUUCAAGCCAAUUGCUUGAAGUAUGGUCUUUCAUUUCAUGGUGUUCAUUAUCUGCAUCCCCUGUGCCCAAUAAAAUUUUGGAAGCUGAACUGCUAUUGGUGGGAGUUGGAAGCUUGCGAAUAGAGGCUCAUACUUAGCUGAUGAUGCACUUGGGGAGGCAAUCUCUGAUUUGCCAUUGAUGACUUCAUUUUGUUUGUCCCAUUUCACUGGUGUCUUUUACUGUUUUUGUACAUUUUUUGUAGGGAAAUUUUAAAAAGCACUGCCGAUGAUUUAUUGCAUUUUCAAACAGAUCUCUGUCUCUUGUUGGUUAUUUGUGUUUAUGACACCACUGCAUUUUCUAGCAACAACAAAUAAAA